AUGGCACACGGAGAGAGCCCCGGGCGCGGGCUCGUGCCCAUUGCGCCUACCCCCGUUGAAGGAGGCCCCGGCGUAGGCAGUCAGGCCAAUGCAUCAGAGCCAUCUAUGCCCUAUUCAUGUCAGACCUGCACCAGGCGAAAGGUCAAGUGCGAUAAAGUUGGGCCCGCCUGUGUGCGGUGUCGUAAGGGAGGCUUUGAGUGUGUGUUUGAAGCACCACAGCGGAGACCGCGAAAGCGAAAGCUGGACGAGGCGAUGGAAAAGAUCGCUCGGUAUGAGGGUCUUUUGAAGCAGCACGGUCUGCUUGAGCUGGAAGCAGUAGACCCAGAGACCAGCUCUUCACAAUCACUUCACAAUUCAAUUCCUGGCGAACCUGUCAAGCCAGCCCUGUCAAGGCCAGGUAGGCUACUCACCGGCCACGGCAAAUCAAGGUAUAUCGAUAGCCACAUGUGGCUCAAUCUGGAGGAUGAGGAGAUUCGACACAUUUCCACGGACGACGAUGAUGGUAUUGCUGAGGAGGCGGAGAACACGAGGAUCUCCGAUCCAGUCUACUUGGGAGCCAUACCUCAAGAUCCCUUGACUGGUGCGCUCCUGGGUGGUCAGCAAAGCAUUUUACACUAUCAUCCCGAUCAUGCAGAUGCCAUGAAGCUUUGGAAGAGACAUGCCCAGAAUGUCGAGCCUAUCUGCAAAGUGUUGCAUGGUCCGUCAGCUGGAAAAUUGGUCCAAGCGGUUUCACAACGGCCUGAAACGGCCUCCAAGGCGGAAGAAUGCUUAUUGUUCUCAAUCUAUCAUUGUGCAGUCUUCUCGAUCUCGGAAGAUGCAUGCUCAAGGGAGUUUGGACAAGACCGGUCCGUAAUGAUGAGACAAUUCCAGGCGGCCGCACGGCAAGCUUUUGUGAAUGCGUCCUUUCUCAAAACAACAGAGAUGGCGGUUCUGCAGGCGCUCUACUUGUACCUCUUGUCGAGCCGCGAUGCCUAUGAUCCGCACACUUACUGGAUCCUGACUGGCAUAUCCGCUCGUAUUGGACAACGAAUUGGUCUUCAUCGGGACGGGGAAAGUCUCGGGUUGCCGCCGUUUGAAGUGGAGCUGAGACGUCGACUGUUCUACCAGGUCUUUCCCCAUGAUUCGCGUGCAAGCCAAUCUGCCGGAAUUGACAACGUCAGUCUGCCUCAAGGCUGGGACACGAAACCCCCUCUCAACAUCAACGACGACCAAAUCUGGCCCGGCAUGACAGAAAGACCCGUCGAACAAACGGGCGCAACGGACAUGAUCUUCUGUCUAUCUCGUGCGUACAUGGGGAGGCGACUCGCCGAAGCAGGAAAAUCAAUCACCAUGGCCGGACCUUGGUCAUCCUCUGAUUACCAAAGGGCCGAGCAAGUCAUUUCCGCCGCCGAGAAAGAAGUAGAGGAGGGGUUCAUUCGCUACUGUGACAUUGUGAACCCCUUGCACUUUCUGACAAUUGGGCUUGCGAGGUCCGGUAUGACAGCCAUGAGGCUGAAAUUUCGACUUCCCAGAUUAAGGGAUGAGACUGCAACUGACCAGGAGCGCAGGGAGAUCUUUCAGCUCGCUCAGAAAAAUCUGGACACCGAUGGAGCUGUCCAUUCUCACACUGGGACUAGUAGGUUCCAAUGGCAUACGAAGCCCUUUUUUUUGUGGGGGACUCGAGAUUCACUUGUCGUCGUACUGAUGACUCUCCUGACGCGAAGAGAUCUGCUGACGUAUGAACAAAUUGAGAAUGCCUGGAAUAGUGUUGCUGAAUUAUAUCGGCACCAUGAGGAGCUUUACGACGGCCGAAAGGCUCUCAGCGUAGCUAUGAGGUGUCUUGCCUUGAAGGCUUGGGAUUCGUGGCAGUCCAGCAGUCAUGCUUCUGAGCCCGAAUUCAUUGGCAAAUUGCGACUAUGGAGAAAACCUGCAGCCAGACAGAACCGAGAUUGUGAUGUCGGAACGGCACUUGAACUAGGUUCACACACACCCAAUUUCCCGUCGCCCGUAACGGAGCGGCCUGAUCUCGGAGUCCUUGAUGGGAUGGAGGGUUUCGACUUCGAUUUUGAUGUUGAAGAUUGGAUAUCCUGGGAUCAACUGUUCAAGGACAAUCGCACUUAG